UCUACGCUACUAGUAGCCACCGCUAGCCUUCUUGCUAGCUAUCGGUCGUCGGCGUUUAGCUCGACGCGCUAGCAAUGACUGGAUUGUUCCUUUUGGGUGUUUACCGCAAGGCGACCAGAAAUGGUUCUGUGGAAACCGCCGAACAAGGUUUGAACUGGAUUGUCAGCCUUGUGUAGUUUUUAAGUUUGUGCCCUCUAAGUGUCCCCUGGACCUCGCCUGACCAUGGUGGUCUGAAGAAAGAGAGGCGCUUUGUUUGUGGGUGUGUUAACUCGAAGGGAAGAGAAGAAGCAAUUUUGCAAGCUCGAUUCCAAAAUGUCUCAAAACCGAGAACUGGUUGUGUUUUACAUUAGCUAUAAACUCACACAGAAAAACUACCCACUCAACCACAUAGGACUCAGACAGGAAUUUAACAGGACUGAUGGGGGGGAAGAAGCCUCGGGCGAGGAACAGCGAGUACCGACACACCCCAACGGGACUACGAACGGCACAAGUCCACAGGCGUCACCCCUACGGAGGUCGGCGAGCCUGGACGCAGUCAAAGAGGCUCUGCGGGACUCUGCCAAUGAGUUUGAGGUGCGCUACUCCCACGCCUUCAGUGACCUGGACCAACAGCUGCACAUCACGCCUGCCACCGCCUACCAGAGCUUCGAAAAUGUCGUGGAUGAGGUGUUCCGAGAUGACGUCAACUGGGGUCGCAUCGUGGGACUCUUCGCAUUCGGUGGUGCGCUGUGCGUCGAGUGCAUGGAAAAGGAGAUGAGUCCUCUGGUGGGCAGGAUCAUCGAAUGGAUGACAGUUUACCUGGACAACCACCUUCAGCCCUGGAUAGACAGCCAAGGAGGUUGGGAGCGUUUUGCUGAGAUCUUCGGCCACGAUGCGGCAGCGGAGGUCCGACGCUCCCAGGAAAGUUUCAAGAAGUGGCUUCUGGCCGGUAUGACCUUGGUGACCGGGGUGGUGGUAGGCUCUCUCAUCGCCCAGAAACGCCUGUGAUGGGAGGGGGGGCCAUCACUGCCCUAAUUAUACACACACAUACAAAUGUGGUACACACACACA